CGGGACAGGAUGGGGGGAAUCACACAGACGAGCCACAGCAACGCAUGGCAGAGCCAGCUAGUACUUUUAUAAACUUCUAUCGUGUCACUUCCUACUUGCCUUUUCUCCAAACUAAAAAUUCCCAGGCGCUGCAACCUUUUUCCGUCGGGGAGUUGCUCCAUCUCCUUGGUCAUUUCAGCGGCCCUUUUCUGAAAGAUUUCCUCGGGAGAUCCAGGAAAUUUGUGCCCGUAUAACACAAGCGCAUGUGUGCAGGUGAAGCAGGAUUCACCAGCGACAUUUCUCAGAAGCACAUUUAAAUCCUGGGAACUGCGAUUUGUUAAGGGUGCUGGAAGUUGCAGCUCUGCAAGGAGUUAAACUGCAGUCCCCAGGAUUCUUUGGGGGAAGUCGUAUGCUUUAAAUGUGCUUCAAUGUGCCUUGCCUUGCCCUGGCCUGUGAGCUUGAGAAGCCAAGCCACUGCUUUCUCGUACUUUCUCCCUGCUUUGACCAUAUGUCUUGCCGCCUCUUGGCUCCCUUCUGUCUACCACCCCUACAUGCCACUGCUAAUUUACUGUAGCAUUCAGCAUUGACUAUUGUCUGAUGCCCCCAGAAACUGAAGCGGGCUUUUUUGUUUGUUUGGCAGAGGAGCCGAGUCGAAUGUUCAACGGCAGGCCGAAAUUUCGCACAACCGAACCAGGCCUAUGUGAAUUUAAUUACAGGUGGCUAUGGCACUGCUGGGAAAGCUCUCCGAGGGCCCUCCAAACCACUCCAGGUCUGACCAGUGGCACUUAGUCUUCUCUCAAAAAGAUGAAGUCAUCACCAGCUUAGUAUCUGCCUUAGAUUCUAUGUGUUCAGCACUUUCUAAACUCAACGCUGAGGUUGCCUGCAUCGCGGUCCACGAUGAAAACACCUUUGUCGUCGGGACAGAAAAAGGGAGGAUCUUCAUGAACACGAGGAAGGAGGUCCAAGCAGAUUUCAAGAAGUUCUGCAGAGUCCAACAGAGGAAAGAGCAGGAUCUGGAUGGCCAGAAGAAGCCCAAGGACUUUGGCCGGACCAUUCCCCGGAUCUCCCCGGAUCAGGGAUCGGAUGUUUACCUUCUCAGGAAGAUGGUGGAAGAAGUCUUUGACGUGCUUUACAGCGAGGCCUUAGGGAAGAGCAGUGUGGUGCAACUCCCCUACGAGAAGUUCUUGAAAGAGCCUGGCUCUCUGAUGGUUGCUGGGCUGCCCGACGGGCUCACCUUCAGGAGGCCCGCCGAGUACGAUGCAAAAUCUCUGAUGGCCAUCUUGGAGCACAGCCACAGCAUGUGCUUCAGGCUCAAAAGACCUCCUGAGGACUCCGGCUGGGACCCCAACCCUCCUGUCGAGGCGGGCGGCCCCAUCCAAAUGCCAAAGGGGAACCGAGAGCCAGGGCUGAACCACGUGCACGCUAAGCCGGCCAACCCGGAAGCUCUUCCUGCGGUCACUACGAACAGCUUCCUGUAUGGGGUGUCGCUCCCCGCGCAGAUCGCCAUGGAGAUAAAGCAGGAGGGUCCUGCCGGACGGCACGGGAUGAGCACGGCCGGCGAGAUGCUGAGGCCCCGGCUGUCAGGCGAAGCGAAGGUGCCCUCGCCACAGGAGUUCGGUGACUGCUGUGGACAGAAAUCUGCUCUCCCCGGCGGUCCGCUCAUCCAGAACGUACACUCCUCCAAACGUAUUCUGUUCUCCAUAGUGCACGACAAAUCAGAUAAAUGGGACAGUUUUAUAAAAGAAACCGAGGAUAUCAACACCCUGAGGGAAUGUGUGCAAAUUCUGUUCAACAGCAGAUAUGCUGAAGCUUUGGGGCUCGAUCACAUGGUCCCUGUCCCGUACCGGAAAAUUGCUUGCGACCCGGAAGCGGUAGAAAUCAUCGGCAUCCCUGACAAAAUCCCGUUCAAACGGCCCUGCACGUACGGCGUCCCCAAACUCAAGCGGAUAUUGGAAGAGAGGCACAACAUCCACUUCGUCAUCAAAAGGAUGUUUGAUGAAAGGAUCUUUACAGGAAGUAAAUUUACCAAAGAUUCAACCAAGAUAGAGCCAUCCAGCCCUUCUGGGGAAAUCUCUCCUGACCCGCACAGAAUGGCGUUUCUUGAUGUAGCAGGAACUUCACAGGCCAGUCAUAGAUCUGAAAAGUGCCCCAUUUCUGGAGAAUGUGAACCAGGUACUUCAGGAGAACUGGGAAGCAUAAAACGCAUCAAGAUAGAACCGGACGAAGUGGACAUCAUUCAAAUCACCGUUCCAGAUAAAGGGCCCAGCAGUGAUUUACAACAUAAUGAGAAGCAGAUGGAGGGCAAAGAUGGCGUCAGUGACGUUUUAAGUCACUUGAGGAAACAAGUUGAAAUUUUGUUCAACGCUAGAUAUGCUAAAGCCAUAGGAAUUUCCGAGCCUGUCAAAGUCCCGUAUUCCAAGUUCCUGAUGUACCCGGAAGAUCUCUUUGUCGUGGGCUUGCCAGAUGGGAUCUUGCUCAGGCGGCCAAACUGUUUCGGGAUUGCGAAACUGAAAAAGAUCCUCCAGGCAAGCAGCAGUAUCCGGUUUGUUAUCAAGAAGCCAGAACUUCUUACAGAAGCAGUGAAGGAGACAGUUUCUGAUAGCCCAGGAACAAUAGCCAGCGAGAGAGACUCUAGUGAACGUCUUGUAGAAGAACCGGUGAAAAGACCAGGAUUUCAAGAAAAUUACGACACUCGGCUUUCAAGGAUAGAUAUUGCAAACACGCUAAGGGAACAGGUUCAAGAUCUGUUCAAUAAGAAGUAUGGUGAGGCGUUGGGCAUCAAGUACCCUGUCCAGGUUCCAUACAAGCGCAUCAAGAGCAACCCGGGCUCUGUGAUCAUCGACGGGCUGCCCCCCGGGAUCCCCUUCCGGAAGCCCUGCACUUUCGGCUCCCAGAACCUGGAGAGGAUAUUAGCCGUGGCAGACAAGAUCAAGUUCACGGUAACAAGGCCUUUCCAAGGACUCAUUCCCAAGCCUGCGCCUAGACGGAUUUCCACACUGGAAAAAGCUUACGCUGCUCUGCACGACGAGGAUGACGCCAACCGCUUAGGCGAGAAGGUGAUUCUCCGAGAACAAGUGAAGGAGCUCUUCAACGAAAAAUACGGAGAAGCUCUGGGCCUGAACCGACCCGUCCUGGUGCCAUACAAAUUGAUCAGGGACACUCCCGAUGCCAUCGAAGUAACUGGCCUGCCGGAUGACAUUCCUUUCCGAAACCCCAACACCUACGACAUCCACCGGCUGGAGAAGAUCCUCAAAGCCAGAGAUCGUAUCCGGAUGGCGGUUACCAACCAGCUUCAGCCCUUUGCAGACCUAGGAUCAGAGGCCAAACAGCCAGAAAACGAUAGCACCAUUCCCAAACGGAAGCGGAAGAGGAUUUCGGAAGGGAAUUCCGUGUCCUCCUCUUCAUCAUCAUCAUCAUCUUCCUCCUCUUCAAAUCUGGAGUCCACGUCAGCAACCAACCAGAUCUCACUUGUGCAAUGGCCGAUGUACAUGUUGGACUACGGAGGUCUCAACGUUCAGAUCCCAGGACCCAUGAAUUAUUGAGAACUCAUUCACCGAAUUGGAACCUCAGAUUAUAUAACACACAAACACACACACAAAAAGAAAUCUCUGACGAUGUGUAAUUUUUUUGUACAAAGUGUAUAUUCCAAUAUGUAUCGAUGCCUUUUAGUUUUUCCAAUGAUUUUUACACUAUAUUCCUGCCGCCAGGGCCUUUUUGAAUAAAAAAAGGAAGUGUUGCCUUGCUCUUAAAAAAAAAUGUUUUAAAGUUAUUGUUGAGCACGUCUGCAUGCUUACGGAGAAGGAAGUCCCAUUGAAAACAGUAGAAUGUGAUGCCAGUUCUUGGAAGCCCUACCUGGUAGUAGGCCAGUCCCACCAAGCCAAUUUGGGUCUCAACUUCUUACUAUUAUAUUUAUUACACAGCCUUCAUCAGAGGGUCCUGGGAUGGGUAAUAUAAAAUACAGUAUUAAAAAUGAUUUAAAACAAAUUUCUGUUGCACUAGAGUGGGUACUAAAAUACAUAUAUCUUGAGUGUUCAGAGGCCAAGGCAGGGAUUGUCAACCUGGUCCCUACCGCCCACUAGUGGGCGUUUCAGGAUUCUAGGUGGGUGGUAGGGGGUUCUACGGCACAAGCUGAAUCCUCCUUCCAUCGAGCACUGGUGGGCGGUAAGGAAAUUUUACCAUCAAGAAAGAUGCAUUAGUGGGCGGUAGGUAUAAAAAGGCAGUGGCUGAGGAACCCUC